AAAUAAAAUUUUGCCGAAUCCACUUUUUAUCGAAAAAAGAAAUUAAAUUAAAAAAUUAAAUAAAAAGCGAAGACUUUUUCUAAUUAUGAUUAUUCAUCAUUGAUAUUGUUUCAUUCAUGAAUUUUUCUCUUGUGCUAGGGUUUCAUAAUUUUCAAAGUUUUUUUUUUUGUUUUAAAUUGAGAAAUUUGCGUUAAAGUUUUAAUCUUGUUUGGUUUUUGAGUAUUGGGUAAUCGAUUUUUGCGUAUUUUGGGAUUUGGGUUAUUGAAUUGAAGGUGUUUGAAGAAAGUUGUGAAAGAGGGUUAGGGUUGAAAAAGGGGGAAAAAGAUGAUGGCUGGUUCAUCUUCAUCUUCAGCUAGUGUUGCAGUAGAGAAAGCAACAAGUGAUCUUCUUAUGGGGCCUGAUUGGACCAUGAAUAUUGAAAUUUGUGAUUCCAUCAAUUCUAAUCAUUGGCAGCCUAAAGAUGUGGUAAAAGCUGUGAAGAAGAGAUUACAACAUAGGAGCUCUAAAGUUCAAAUUCUUGCUCUCACGCUUCUGGAGACAAUGGUAAAGAACUGUGGUGAUUACGUGCACUUUCAAAUCACCGAUAGGCAUAUAUUGGAGGAGAUGAUAAAGAUCGUCAGGAAGAAGGCAGACAUGCAAGUGAGGGAUAAAAUUUUAGCAUUGCUGGACUCGUGGCAAGAGGCAUUUGGAGGGGCCGGUGGAAAAUAUCCUCAGUACUAUUGGGCAUAUGAUGAAUUAAAGCGAUCUGGAGUUUCUUUUCCAAAGCGUUCACCAGAUGCAGCUCCGAUAUUUACUCCACCUCCUACUCAUCCAUCUUUGAGACAAACUGGAUAUGGGAUGCCAAGCAGUUCUUCAAAAACACUCGAUGAAACAAUGGCAACAGAGAUAGAAAGUUUGAGUAUGUCAAGCUUGGAAUCCAUGCGGCAUGUGUUGGACCUUUUGAGUGACAUGCUACAAGCUGUAAAUCCUAAUGACCGUGUGGCUGUAAAAGAUGAAGUAAUUGUUGAUCUUGUUGACCGUUGCCGCUCCAACCAGAAAAAAUUGAUGCAGAUGCUGACAACAACUGGGGAUGAGGAACUUCUUGGGAGGGGCCUUGAACUGAACGAUAAUAUUCAAAGUUUGCUUGCAAGGCACGAUGCAAUUGCUUCUGGGUCUUCUUUUCAGAUACAAGGUGCAAGUUCCAGUACCAUGUCAUCUGAAGUUCAAUCCAGUUUCAAUCAAAACGAAGUAAAGAGCUCCAGCCCUGCUGAGUCUGUUUCAACACCUAAAGCUAGCCCUCCUGCCGAAGUUUAUUCCGAGCCAAAGGGCGAGAAUGAUGAAGAGGAAGAAGAUGAAUUUGCACAGCUAGCUCGAAGGCAUACUAAGACACAAUCAGUGACUUCAAAAGAUGCUACCAUUGGAUCCACUGAAAAUUCAGGCUCAAUGAACACUAGCAGCACAACUCCAUAUGUGCCAGAGCCCUCAACUGCUGUCCCAUCCGCAUCCAAUGCAUUAGCGCUUCCUGACCCACCAGCACCUAUUAGUACUACUUCAAAAGAUCAGGACAUCAUUGACUUACUGAGUAUCACUUUGUCACUGACACCAUCUUCUCCACCAACAACAACAUAUGCACCAUCAUCAGCCUCUAGCCAAGGCGGCAUGCAUCAUCAGAUACCUACUCCAUCCAGCACAGAAAGUUAUUCUUAUGCUCCCCAAGCAUAUCCUGGAAAUUCGCCAUACAACAGUUAUGUAGCCCCUUGGGCUCAACCUCAAUCUAAGUCAGAGUUUCAAACCCAGCAGCCUCAACAACACAUGUAUCAACCCCAACCUACCACCCCUCCUUCACCUCAACAACACAUGUAUCAACCCCAACCUACCACCCCUCCCUCACCUCAACAAUUGCAUGCACAUCAUGAAUCUGAACAAGCGCUGCGUCAUCAACAGGCCCAAUCAGAACUACUGCAGUCGCAGAAUCAACACCUUCCAUACAGCCCUCAUCAAGUGCACCCACAUAAUGAACAAUAUCAGCCCCAGCCACACUUACAGUCUCAGCCUCAACAUCAUCCCCAUUUACAGCCACAACCACAGUUGCAAACACAGUCUCAGAAUCCGCGUCAGCAUCAACCUCAACCUCAACGACCGAUGCAAUUGCAGUCUCAGCAAUAUCAACAGCAGCCACAAUUGCAGAACCAACAUGUUCAAUACCCUGCUAGAUAUCCUCCCCCGCCAUGGGCUGCUACACCCGGAUAUGCCAACUAUCAGAGCCAUUCCCAGAAUGCGAUUUCGACUUCUCAAGGCAACACAGCAACAGCAUCUUAUCCUCCUGCACUAGGGGUUAGACCCUCGCAACAUAAUCAGUCAUUCUCUUCACCAGGAGUUGAUCCUAGGGGAGGAAAUUCUGGCCAAAGACCCUUUGUUCCAUCUUACAAGUUAUUUGAAGAUUUGAAUGUAUUUGGAAACACUGAUGGAAGGGUAAGUGGCACGUCAUCCAACGUGUCAGGGACAAUGGGACCUGGUAUGGUCGGUGGAGGGCGCAAGUGAAAUUUUAAUUUCCUAUUCAUCUAUGUAAAAAAAAAAAGGUGAUGUGCUGUAUAUCAUCAGUAUCGUUAGCUUCUCCGCAUUUGCAGAUUAUGUUAAGUUUUUUAGAUUGAUGGAAGUCCAUUAGUUUUGAGUGCUACCUAACCUCAGAUAUGACAGACAUGGAACAUUCUUUGAUAUAAGAUUUUAUUUUUUGGCAA